GAAUGUAUUAUGUAGACCUUCUAAUCGAACAAGAAGAGAAGUAACCAUAUAGAAAGAGUAAAGUGAAAGCUAAAACCAUGUUUGGAGUGAAAAAUCAUUUAAUUUCAAUUCUUUUCUUCAUUACUAUAUAUUUUUUAUUUUCUAAAAUUACAUUAUUUUAAUAGAAAUACGUAACAUACAUUAUUUAGUGGAUUUGAUGAUUCACUUAGAGAAGAUGAAUCAGAAACUUUGUCUGAUAUUGAUGAUUGUGACAUCGAUGUGUAUCUUCACAAUGAGGAGGAGAAGAAUAUCAAGAAGAUGCUGUGGGAAAGAGUUAACCGAGUGUAUGUUAUGGAAGAGGCAGCCAAGAAAGCAGUUGCAACAGCUAAUAAGAAAGCUUUUGAGGGAAAUUUUGGAAACUGCUCAGAGGAUUUCCUAGCAGCAAGAGAGCUAGCUGCAGCUGCGGCAAAAUCCAGAAAGGGAAUGAAGCAGCGACGAGCCCAUGAAGCAAGAAACAUUGCGCCAACUCAAUCUGCUGCAGAGGCCUUCGGCCAAAUGUCUAAUGAAAAAAAGAGUUUCAAUUCUAAAGUCAAUAUAGAUCGCCUGGAGGAAUUAUUCAAUGAUAUGGAGGAGAAUGAGAUCGGACCAGCGGAUGAUUACUGAAACGUUACAAAGUGCCCUUUCUGCUUUUAUUAUCUGUUGUUUGCAGUUGCUAUUCAGCAUGGCUGGCUGCUGAACAGAAGAUUGCCAGAGACUGAAUUCUUUUUGUAUGCUGAGUUUUUCCUCCUAUUUUCUAUUCACUCAUCGCAUGCAUUUGCCAAAAUUUUGGAAGUUUUUUGACGAGGAAAUUGUUAGGUAGGUUUAUCAGCAUCACUCUGUUUUGACACAAAGCAAUGGUUUGGUUGUGUUUCAUAUCAAAAGUCUACUUAACAAACCUGAAUAGAAUGUGUUUUGUUAUAAUAGGCAAUGAAUUCAAAAUGAAGGAAGGUGUUGAAAAUA